AUGGUUGCUCAAGGAGGCUCUCCAAGAUCAGCAGCACGAUUACGUGGUGUUCAUGAUGGUCUGUUCACUGGACAGAUAGAUGCUGUGGAUACCCUUAAUGCUACUUAUAGAGUAACUUUUGAUAGGGCAGGGCUUGGAACUCAUACUAUCCCUGACUAUGAAGUUCUUAGUAAUGAGCCUCAUGAGACGAUGCCUAUUGCUGCCUUUGGACAAAAACAGCGACCUUCUCGAUUUUUUAUGACUCCACCACGGUUACAUUAUACUCCUCCUCUCCAGUCACCAAUUACAGAUAAUGACCCCUUAUUAGGACAGUCACCUUGGAGAAGUAAAAUUUCUGGCUCUGACACAGAAACGUUAGGUGGUUUUCCAGUAGAGUUCCUUAUCCAAGUGACCAGAUUAUCAAAAAUUCUCAUGAUUAAAAAGGAACAUAUCAAGAAAUUAAGGGAAAUGAACACAGAAGCAGAAAAACUGAAAUCAUAUUCCAUGCCCAUUGGAAUUGAAUUUCAGCGGAGAUAUGCAACGAUUGUUCUAGAGCUUGAACAACUGAACAAGGACCUAAACAAAGUUUUGCAUAAAGUUCAACAGUACUGCUAUGAGCUUGCUCCAGACCAAGGGCUCCAGCCUGCAGAUCAGCCGACAGAUAUGAGACGAAGGUGUGAGGAAGAAGCACAGGAAAUUGUUCGGCAUGCAAAUUCCUCAACAGGACAGCCCUGUGUUGAAAAUGAAAAUCUGACAGACUUAAUCUCCAGGCUUACAGCUAUUUUGUUACAAAUUAAGUGUCUGGCAGAAGGAGGAGACCUGAAUUCCUUUGAAUUUAAAUCACUUACAGAUUCAUUAAAUGAUAUCAAGAGUACAAUAGAUGCUUCUAAUAUCAGUUGCUUUCAGAAUAAUGUAGAAAUUCAUGUUGCACAUAUUCAGAGUGGCCUGAGCCAGAUGGGAAACUUACAUGCCUUUGCAGCAAAUAACACCAACAGAGACUGAAUAGAAGAUUUAAUUAUUCCAAUUGCAUAGGACAUUGUUUUUGAGAAGUUCUCUUCCUUUAUAUAGGCUUCCAACACCAAAUAACCUAACUGCUGGAAAAGAAGAGAAAUUUAAAUCUCCAAAUAAGGCAUUUUAAUAUACUGUACUGCUUCUUAAACCAGCAUUGCUGACCAGCAUUAUAUUUAUUUUUCUUUUAUUAUUCAGCUGCAGUAGCACUGCUUAUGUUACAUAUGUUUAUUAGCAAGUACUUUUAAACUGAAAAUGUCUGAACAUAAUAUAAUUUCAUGGAAGAAUAUGUUGACCAUCUUUUUAACGUGCAUGAAUUCAACCCAACCCAUGCAGACAACUACUGCAGUGGAGAACGUGAAGAAACAUGGCCUUUUUGUGCAUUAUGCAUGGCAAUGUGGAAAUUCCAUCUAGAAAAUUACAACUCCAGUUCAUUUAGUUGAUCACCGCCUCAGUCUUCAAAAGAUAACAUCAUGAGAUAUGGGAAGUCCUCAUUUUUAGGAAGCCACUGGAAUAUAGGUGGGAAAUAUGGACUUUACAAGUAUAUAUGAUAUAUACUUGCAAUGUGACAUGGUUCUAUAGAUCAUUUUAUAAUAAUAAAUAUUUUAAUUUAUCAUAAUUUAUAAAAGAAACCUUUGUUGUUUGUCUGUUGAAAGAAAAUGAAGGAGCAGGAAAGAAACAUUACUGCAAGAUGCUUAAAUUCAGCAAAUGGAUUUUGCAUGUCUCUUCCCAUCAAGUCAGGGGGAGAUGUGCUAUUGUUAUGGGAUUUAUUUUUAAAGAAAAAAGACUGAUAACACACUAUUUUCAUAUUUUUUGUUUAUUUGCACAACUCAUGAACCAGAUUACUGGUUAAAAUCCAACAGUUACACAAUUUUUAAAGUAAAAAGAUUUUAUAAGGAAAACAAAUAUAAUAGCCAGUGCUAGGAAAUGGAGAAAAAGGUUUGUAUUUGGUUGUGGGCUUUUUUGGGUUUUGGUUUU